AUGUUCAGCCCGGACCAGUUCAAGGCAGCCACUCCAAGCGUGGAAUUUUCCUUGAUGUGUGAAAGGCAACGGGCGACUGUUGUAACUGGCGUCACGGACUAUGUGGUGGACAAAGACGGAUCCACGUUAAUGCUCACAACUGGGGAACAAGCCUUUCGGUAUGAUGGUAGCCUCACGCCUCUAGCUAUCGGUAGCGUCGCUAGUGAUUCAGGUACUUCUUGCGGUUUCGUGUUCGACACACAGUUCUGUCCGUCUGAUUCGAAGCUGGUCUCUUAUGUACUUAAUAGGCAGGUUCACGUUGAGCGAGAUGGUUGUUUGAUCUACCGAACCUCCAGUUCCGAUCCGAAUAUUUCAAACGGUGUACCACCAUUCAUUGCACAAGAGGAACUGGACCGAUUUCAAGCCGUUUGGUGGAGCCCUACAACAACUAGGUUAUUAUACGAACGGGUUGACGAAACUAUGGUGCGCUCAUUGAUGUUUGUCUGUCCUGGAAGAGAAGCUCAAGCGCCAAUGAAAUAUCCGGUUGCUGGAACAGACAAUGCCGUUUCUCAAUUACGGCUUAUCGUUAUUGAUGGGAAUACAGUCGUCGACUCUGGGCUCAAGAUUCCUUUAAAGGUGCAUUUUCCAUGGAUUGAAUACAUUGCACGUGCGGGUUUUCUGAAUGACGGAAAAACAAUAUGGGUACAAGUGAUGAAUCGCACUCAGUCACAAGCCGCACUCAUAUUGCUUCCUGAAUCUGAUUUCGAAGGAUUCGCUGCGACGGGUCCAAUCCGUGAAGCCUGCGUCAUGAAGAAUGAAGUCUCUCACGCUUGGAUAAAUACACACAAUGCGAUCGUUCCACUUCACAACGAUACCUCUACGGUCGAGUUCGUAUACGCCAGCGAACAACAGUCGCACUGCCAUCUGUACAUUAUAAGGGCUUUCAUUUCG